CGGGGUGGACGCCGAAGCGCCGGGGAUCAGAACCCGGGAGCCGAGCUCCCGGAGCGCGCGCAUCGGCCCCUUGGGCGCUCACAGGGUAGGGUUGGGGUGGGGGCUGGAAGUUUCUCCCAAGGCCGGACCGGAACAGCAGGAACGGGCCGAGGAGCCAGGCGUGAGUUUCCGGGGGCCUGCGUGCGCCUGUUGCCAUGACGACACUUCCCUCCUCUGCGGCCCCGGCUUCUGCGGGUUCCGAGGCUGCCAGCGAGGCCCUUCCUAUCGACUCCUCCCGGAGGGCAUUUAGCCGCCCAGGAAAGAGAUCGCCGUUUGUCAGAGGGGACUUUUAAUCCUCGUCUUUUCUCACGUCCCUGGAACAAAUCACCGCAACCACUAGGGAAACCAUUUGAAAAAUCGUGAUUGCCGCCCCGCGCCCGCCGGCGUCUCUCCUCCAGCUGACGGGACACGUCAGCCCCGACUCCAACGCCCACUUUCCUGCAGGCUGGAAAGGCCAGACCAAAUCCCCUGCUACCCCUGGGUCCCACUGGGAGGAGGCUGCGGGCGGGAGCGGCCUGUGCAGCGCAGCCCGAUGACGCAUUGCGCCUGCGCGCGCGGCGGGGCGGGCCGGUGUGAACCCCCGCCGGGUGUGAGCCGCUAGCGCCUGGGAGCCGGCGGCCACCGGGAGUCCGCUUUACACUGAAUGGGGAAGAAGCAGGUGCGUCCUCCACGAGCCCUUCCACCUGUGCCAAGUGCUAAUCGAGAUGAUAUUCCACUUAGUCGUCCUAAGAAAAGGAAGCCCAGAACAAAAACCACACUAGCUAGCACUUCUUUAGAAGGUCUCGCUCAGACGGCCAUUCAUAAGCCAUCUGAGGGCAGUGAGCCACCAGCUAAAGAACCUGUAGAACAUCCAGAAGCUCCAGUUCAAAAGAGACAGAGGAAGCCGAGGCUCUCUCUUGAAUUGGAGACCACCUUUACCCAGAAGACGACAUCUAGUCCAUCGUUACUACCAAAUGAAAAUGGUAUCAACGUGGAGCCAGCUGAGGAGCCAGUUAUUCAAAAACCUCGGAGGAAGACAAAGAAAACGCGGCCAGCAGAAUUACAUUACGCCAAUGAGCUAGGGGUGGAAGAUGAAGACAUCAUCACUGAUGAGCAGAGCAGUCCAGAACAGCAGUCUGUGUUCACUGCGCCCACUGGCAUUAGCCAGCCUGUGGGCAAAGUGUUUGUGGAAAAAAGCCGGCGAUUCCAGGCUGCUGAUCGUUCAGAGCUGAUAAAGACCACAGAAAAGAUAGAUGUGUCCAUGGAUGUGAAGCCUUCCUGGACGACUAGAGAUGUUGCAUUGUCAGUGCACCGUGCUUUCAGGAUGAUCGGUCUCUUUUCUCACGGCUUCUUGGCUGGCUGUGCUGUGUGGAAUAUUGUUGUGAUAUAUGUUCUAGCAGGAGAUCAGCUUUCUAACCUCUCAAACCUUCUGCAACAAUACAAGACCUUAGCAUAUCCAUUCCAGAGUCUUCUCUACUUGCUUUUGGCUCUGAGUACAAUUUCGGCUUUUGACAGGAUCGACUUUGCUAAAACAUCAGUAGCAAUCAGAAAUUUUCUUGCCCUGGAUCCAACAGCUUUAGCAUCUUUCUUGUACUUUACUGCUCUUAUAUUAUCUCUGAGUCAGCAAAUGACAAGUGACAGAAUCCACCUUUACACACCUUCUUCUGUUAACGGCAGCCUCUGGGCAGAAGGAAUUGAGGAACAGGUUCUCCAGCCAUGGAUUGUGGUGAAUCUGGUGGUGACCCUUCUGGUUGGAUUAUCUUGGCUAUUUUUGUCUUACAGGCCAGGCAUGGAUCUUAGUGAAGAGCUGAUGUUCUCCUCUGAUUUGGAAGACUACCCCGAUAAAGGAAUCAAAGCCUCUUCAUAGUGCCAACUCACCUUCAGAAGAAUGACCCAGUAUUUAGAACUUUUUCCAUUCUGGUUUUUAAACGUAUUUUUAUAAGCUAUGUACAGAUGUAUUUGGAAUUGAUUUUUUGAUUACAUAAUACUGAAAAAUUUCUCAAGAUUAUGGAAAAUGUUAAAACUAUAUCUGUAAUUUAUACCCAAACAUGAUUUUCUAUAGCGUUAUUGUCUUAAUGACAAAGAUAAUGAACUAGGAACCAGCAGGUGAAAGUGUUUUUUCCUGUUUUCUCAAGUUAGUUUCAUUUAUAAUCAUUAUCUUUAAAAGCACUAAUACAGUGUUUUUUUUAAAAGCCAUAACUUUAGUGUUAUGAAAUAUAUAUCAGGUUUCAACAUAAAUUUAGGGAAUAGGGAAGAAGGGGGGAAAAGAUCUUCAUUAUUUAUUUAAUGUCUCCUUACUGAAUAAAUUGAAAUAUGAAAUUUGUCUUU